AUGAGGAUCCCAAAGAAUGACAAUGCACCCCAGCUACCAACAGUUGAAAGCUGGAACGGGACAACUGUGAAGGCUAAGGAUCCUUAUGCAUUGAUGCGUGAUUGUAACGCAAACACUCGACUUACUGCACAGCAUUACCUUUGGAAAGAGUUACUUGGGUUCCUGGUUCAUCCCGAUAUUGAUACUCGGGCUGCGGACUUGAAAGUCGCUGAUAUUGCUACUGGCAACGGUAUCUGGCUUCAGGAUUUUGCUCGUGGAAAACCACCGUCCGUUGAUCUCCAUGGCUUCGAUAUUAGCCUGGACCAAGUUGGCCCUAAGCCAUGGCUACCCGCAAAUAUACACAUGCAUGUCUGGAACGUUUUUGAAGAAGUGCCGGAUGAGUUCAUAGGCUACUUUGAUGUUGUACAUGUUCGUCUGAUUACUGUCGUUGUCAAGAAUAACGACCCCAGGCCGAUUCUAGCAAACUUGAAGAAACUGCUGAAACCCGGCGGCUACCUUCAGUGGGAUGAAGUUGACACCAUUGGGUGCUCUAUCAAAACCGUGCCUGGGACUUCAGCAUCUAAUCUUGAUGAACUCUUCUCUCAGCUUAAAGGCCAUGACACCUGGAAAUAUGACCUGACGCGAAUUAUGGAUGAAAAUGGAUAUACUGGCUCAAUGCUGUAUACUUAUGAGUACGGACUUGGAAAUGCUCGGUUCUGGAAUGAUGUAUAUGUGAGCACAUGGAAAGAGUUUGCAGAAAACGCACUUAAGACCCCGGAGGCAUCGAAAAGUCUGGAGCACAACGCUAUGAUGGAGACCUUGAAUGGCGCUUCUAUAAUGGUCCCAAAGCUGGUCUGGGUGACGAAGAAGGUUGAUACCAUAGAGCACUAG